UCACACUCACCCAGAGCUGCUGAUGUACAGUCGAUGGCUCGUGUUCCGACCAACACAAGAUGAACAGAGAUGGACCAACGCGGACAGGACAACAUGAGACAUUUAUGAAAAGUUCCCCAGAAGAAGAAGCCGUUCUCGCUCGCAUCAGGAACGAUGAACAACAUCUCGAGCUCAAACACCAGCUCUCUCCAGCACGCGCUCUUUACGCGCAAUGUUCCCGCGCUCGUGUUCGGGGUUUCGCUAAUUAUUGUGAUCAUUUGUGGAAAUGUGCUCGUCUGCCUUAGUGUUUACAAGGAAAAAGCCCUGAAGACAACGACUAACUACUUCAUUGUGAGUUUGGCUGUGGCAGAUCUGCUGCUGGCAGUUUUGGUUUUACCCCUGUUUGUCUAUGCAGAGUUUCAAGGUGGUGUCUGGUCAUUGGAUGUGGCUCUUUGCGAUGGACUAAUGACCAUGGAUGUAAUGCUCUGUACAGCGUCUAUAUUUAACCUCUGUGCGAUCAGUGUGGACAGGUUUAUAGCCGUGUCUAUACCGCUUAACUACAACAGAAAGCACGUCGACUAUCGGCAAAUGGUCUUGCUCUCUGCGACGUGGCUCUUGGCGCUGGCUGUGGCUUCUCCCGUCAUCUUCGGGAUAAACAAUGUUCCUCAAAGAGAUCCCAGAGAAUGCAAACUGGAAGACGACAAUUACGUGGUAUAUUCGUCUGUCUGCUCCUUUUUCAUCCCGUGCCCUAUCAUGCUCCUACUGUAUUUUGGGAUCUUCCAUGGUUUGCGCAAGUGGGAAGAAGCACGUAAAGCCAAACUGAGGAACAGUAUUCAUGCUUGCCGUAGUUUACAGCAUGCAGCGGUUGCUGCCGCUCUCCCACCAUUGGGAUCUCUAACCGUGUCUCUGCCCCGGGUCAUUGAGAGAGAUCUGGCCCAGUCCAGUCUUGAGGAGCUUGAUGACUUCAAACCGCCCGUUUGCCCUUUCCCACCGGAGUAUAUAAACAGCCCCAUUCAAACCGUGGCCUACACUGGCAUUAAACACGGCCAGCCAACUCAGCGAAAGAAAAGGGCUAAAAUCAAUGGAAGGGAGAGAAAAGCCAUGAGGGUUUUACCUGUUGUUGUGGGUGUCUUCCUCUUCUGCUGGACACCGUUCUUCGUAGUUCACACGACCCGAGCCCGGUGCGAGUCGUGUCACAUCUCUCCAGAGCUGAUGAGCACCGUGACGUGGCUGGGUUACGUCAACAGUGCUCUUAACCCAAUCAUCUACACGGUCUUCAACACCGAAUUCAGGAAGUUCUUCCGAGGAUUUCUCCCACGCUGCUAUUGACAUCCACCAAGCGCUCCAUAAGACAUGACAAUGCCAUCGACAUCUGUUCUUGAGUGGAAUUGUUUUAUUUCGUUCUGCCAGUACUUUCUUUGUGCCUACCAUGUACUACAUCCAUAUUUUAUAUAUAGUGGACUUAUUUUCAAUACAACAAGUGGUGCCUGGAACAUUUCUGCAUCAUUUUAUAAUGUGCCAUAUUGUGUUCAAAUAUGCUUCAGUCUGAAUUAAGCUAAGAUUAAUGGUAUAAAAUAUAUAAUGCAUUGCAUAUUUUAGAUCUGUGAGGUGUUAUUGCCCAGAAGAAAGAUUUUAAAU